GAUAAAAACAAAAAAACAAAACAAUCUUCGCGGCCGCAACAAGUUGAUUUAAUUUAAAACUAAUUUACACACAGAUAUGUCUCUCUCUCGGCUGAGCUCGCUGAUGAAACUUGCUCCCAGCACGGCCGUUCGUGCAGCCACCGUGCAGAUGCAACCCCAGCGGAACAUGACAGCCCACGCGGAGCCAGGACACUCUGGCCAGUUCAAGACGCUGGCCGUCAGCUCACCCAAGCCGUUCGUCUUCCAUGUCGAGCUUCACAGGCCCACCAAGUUUAAUGCCAUCAACAAGCAAAUGUGGCUAGAGAUCAAGGACUGCUUUGAGGGGCUGGCCAUCAAUCCAGAUUGUCGGGCAAUCGUGGUAUCCGCCGCCGGCAAGCACUUUACCGCCGGUAUCGAUCUCAACGACAUGAUGGGUGUGGGCAUGCAACUGGCUGAAGUCGAUGAUGUUGGUCGCAAAGGCGUCAUCUUGGAGCGCAUGAUCCAGCUGUACCAGGACUCAAUGAGCAGCCUGGAGCGCUGCCCCAAGCCCGUCAUCACAGCCGUGCACAAAGCAUGUAUCGGUGCAGGCGUAGACCUGAUUACUGCCUCGGACAUUCGCUACUGCACCGAGGACGCCUUUUUCCAGGUCACCGAGGUAGAAAUCGGCAUGGCCGCCGAUGUGGGCACGUUGCAGCGACUGCCCAAGGCGGUGGGUAGCCAAUCGCUGGCCCGCGAGCUCUGCUACACCGGCCGUCGCUUUGAGGCAGCCGAGGCGCACGCCUCUGGACUGGUUAGCCGUGUCUUCCCCGAUAAGGAAUCCCUGUUGAGCGGGGCCGUUGCUCUCGCUGAGACCAUUGCCAGCAAGAGCCCGAUUGCCGUGCGAACGACCAAGGAGAAUAUGGUAUAUUCGCUAGAGCACACCAAUCAAGAGGGACUGGAUCACAUUCGCCUGCUUAACAAACUGAACCUGCAGUCGGAGGACUUUGCCCAGGCUGUGGCUGCCCAGUUGACCAAGGACGAGAAGCCCGUAUUCGCCAAGCUGUGAUCUGGCUUCCAGAAAUAAAAUCAUUCAAUGUAUUUGCUAUUAAUAAACGAGCCAACUUUAAGACAGG